CAACAGCGCAGUGGUUGUCUAUACAAUCCUGGCUUGCCAUGGGCUGCUGUGGCAGUUUUCGAACGAGGCUGAAGCGUUGCUGCCGCCGAGGAUGCCGCAGGAUUUGGGCUGCACAGCCCAAGCGACUCCAGGAGGCUGUGGAGUCUGUGCUGGGCAAGGCCUACUUUGCCUUGGUGUGCGCGCGCUGGGCUGUGAACUUCUUUUGGGAGGACCGCCAGGAGCUUCUGGCAGACGCGAAGGCUGCUGUGCAGGACACCUGGCGCUUGGGCCAGGUGCCCACGAGCCAGUCUCAGGUUUAUGCGGAGUUGCAGCCCUUCCGCUGGGCUUUGAUGGCAGGGCUCGCCUACUGCAGCUGGGACAUGGUGCUCAAGGUGCUGCGCAGCUCCGCCAUGCAGCUGGAAAGUUGAGCUUAGGAGAA